GGAAGCAGUGCGCAGAAAUAUUUGACCCAUAAUGCACCGCGACAGGCUGACAAGUGGAUCCAAGAUGGCGUAGAAAGUAAAGCUAGAAACUCUGUCCCAGAGUCAUGGAGGACAGGAGGCCACAGAAGUCAUGUGACGAGGCCAUUGGAUCAUUAGUGAGGCAGGAGUAUGAGGCGGCAGCGGCUCACAGCACAGAGGCCCUGCUGGCCAUCGGGCCCCAGACCCCGACCCCCAGCACGGCCUUCCUCCGAAAGCGUGCCCUGCUCUAUCGCAUAGCAGCACGACUCCAGCUGAAAGACUACGAUCAGGCUGAUGAAGACUGCAAGCAUGUGUUUGCUGAGGAGCUGGGGAAGGGAGAUGGCAGUUUCAGGGCAGGUCUUCAGAGUAUGCUGCUGGAUGGAAGCUUACGGGAAGUGUGCAGUGUUCUCUCUAAAGCACUCUAUGGAGAACCACUGAAUGGGAUCAUGACUAAAGACAUGACAAGACUGAAGAGGCUCCUCUCAGAAAUAGAGGCUGUGAGGAGUGAAAUGGCAUCAGAGUUGGUUGAAGAGAACGAGGAGGAUGUUCAGGAAGGCUGGCAGUUUCGUCCUCCUCCUCGAGGGGUCACUAGUAGUGAGGAGUACACAUUGUGUAAAAGGUUUUUAGAGCAGGGUCUGUGCCGGUACGGAGCUCAGUGCACCUCGGCUCACUCUCAGGAGGAGCUGACAGAAUGGCAACGGCGCUACGCCUCCCGACUCAUCCGCCUCAAACAGCAGCAGGAGGGCAAGCACUUCACCGAGAACUACAUGGAGGUUCUCAUCGAGAAAUGGAUCAACUCCCUCACGCCGGAGAGAGUGAUGAAUGACUGUGUGGAUGGAGUUACGGUGGAGCACAGCUCAGAUCUCUCAAUUACCGUCAACACCAAGAAAUCAUCACACUCUUGGACGUUCACACUCUUCUGCAAGCCGGUCCGUACGCUACACCGGAUCGCUCUGCUUUACGAUGCCAACCGGCCACAUUUCUCCAUCACGGCGGUCUCGGCCGGGGACGCGUCUACCCAAGUGCCCCAGGGGGUGUGUGAGGGCGGCUGUCAGGAGUGGAGCGUGGCUGGCCUGGUGCAGAACGGCUUGGACCACUGCGUUUACACUGUGGUGGUCUCCUUCAGCACGGAGAUCUUCGGAACCUUCCGGCAGACUGUGGUUUUUGAUUUUGGCUCUGAGCCCGUGCUCAUGCAGCGAGUGAUGGUGGACGCCGCCUCCAUUGAAGGCGCGGCUAGAAAAGAGUGCGCAAAUAAAUACAGAAAGUCUUGGCAGAGUCUGUUUGAACAGCAGGUGUGUUUGUGUGUGUUUGGAUGCAAGGUGGAGCUGCAGUUUCAGCUGAACAGGCUUCCUCUGUGUGAGAUGCACUAUGCUCUGGAUCGCGUCCGCGAUAGCAGUAUCCUGUUUCCAGAUGUCAGCCUCACUCCCACAAUCCCCUGGAGUCCCAACAGGCAGUGGGAUGAACAGCUGGAUCCCCGUCUAAAUGCCAAGCAGAAGGAGGCUAUUCUGGCCAUCACCACCCCCCUCUCCAUCAACCUCCCGCCGGUGCUCAUCAUCGGACCCUACGGCACAGGCAAGACCUUCACGCUGGCCCAGGCUGUCAAACACAUCCUCAAGCAGCCUGAGACACGGGUUCUGAUCUGUACACAUUCAAACAGUGCAGCAGAUCUGUACAUUAAAGAUUACCUUCAUCCAUACGUGGAGGCAGGCAAUCCUCACGCACGACCGCUCAGGGUUUAUUUCAGGAACCGCUGGGUGAAGACUGUGCACCCGGUGGUGCAGCAGUACUGCCUGAUCUCCGGAGCGUACUUCACCUUCCAGAUGCCCACGCGACAGGAUGUAGAGCGCCACCGUGUGGCCGUGGUCACUCUCAGCACGUCCCAGUACCUCUGCCAGCUUGACCUGGAGCCAGGGAUAUUCACACACAUCCUGUUGGAUGAGGCAGCCCAAGCUAUGGAGUGCGAGACCAUCAUGCCACUAGCGUUGGCCAAUAAGAGCACCCGAGUCGUCCUGGCAGGAGACCAUAUGCAGCUCAGUCCGUUCGUGUACAGCGAGUUUGCGCGGGAGAGGAAUCUGCACGUGUCUCUGCUGGACCGGCUGUACGAGCAUUACUCGUCCGAGUACCCCUGCAGGAUCCUGCUGUGCGAAAACUACCGCUCCCAUGAGGCAAUCAUCAAUUUCAGUGGCAACAAGAAUCUGACCGUCUGUAAGCAGUUCCGCGUGCUGUUCUUGAGCACCGUUCGCACCCGUCACACCUGCAAACACAAGCAGACGGCCAUCAAGAGGAAGGAGCAGCUGGUGGAGGACUCCACUGAAGACCUGGACUACGGCUUCCUGUCCAACUACAAGCUGCUGAACACCGCCAUCACUCGAGCGCAGUCCCUGGUGGCCGUGGUGGGAGACCCCAUCGCUCUCUGCUCGGUGGGGCGCUGCAGAAAGUUCUGGGAGACCUUCAUCUCCAUCUGUCAUGAGAACCACAGUCUCCACGGCAUCACCUUUGAACAGAUUAAAAUCCAGCUGGAGGCUCUGGAGCUGAAAAAGACCUACGUGCUCAACCCGCUGGCCCCAGAGUUCAUCCCUCGUGCCCUGCGCCCGCAACAUCCCCAGGGUCCCGGCAAGCACCAACACUCCCCACCCAAGGCGAAAGGACAGCUGGGCAAUCACACUGAACCCUUCCCCCCUGAAGGCUUUGUUCAGCCAAGUGCUGCUGUGUUGAUGGGGAACCCGAUUCAGGCCUUUACUCCUCCAGGAGCCGGAGCUCCAGCCUCCGGCAAAUCACCAAGCCCUGUUCAAAGAAUCGACCCCGGAGCCAGCAUCCUCUAUGUGCCCGCUGUCUAUGGGGGAAAUAUGGUGAUGCCCAUGCCUCUUCCGUUGCCAUGGCCUGGCUACCAGAGCCGUUUCGCUAUGGAUCCUCGCAUCAUGAGUCAUCAGGCCGCCAUGGCCACGUACAACCUCAACCUGCGGCCGGCAGCCAGUCGCACCUCACCUGUGCUGUAUGGGUUCAGUCACCCGUCUCCUCUGGGUCUGAACCAGCAGCCAACCUCUGAGAAAGAACUACUUCAAGAGCCCAGUGGAAAUGGGAAAAUCGACAUUAAUGGGAAAACGGAGCAUUGUAGGCUGCUGACACCUGAGAGGAAAGCCCCUGAGCUGAAGGAAAAACAGGGAGACCCAGAGUCGGUGCAGAAUAAGAGUCCAGAGCCCCAGUCCAACAUGGGCUUCCCUGGCAGCCGCCUCAUACGCAAAGACCCGCAGGCCCAGAGGGCCCUCAACUUCCACCUGGGCCCCCCACAUCCCGGUUUCCCCCCUCACCACGGCAACAGCCAGUUUCCACAGCAGUACGGACUAUCCCGACCUCCCCUCCGAAUGCAGGCCCCCAUCCACCCUCAGGCCGCCUCCUUCCCCCCAUCGUUCUUCAGUGGACCUCCAAUGGCGCACCGCGGGCUGCAGUCUCCGGUCCUGGAGGGUGGGGAGGGCUCGAUGGGAGCGGGUCCAGGUGGGGUGGCUGAGGAUCUGAAGGGUGUGGUGAGAGGCCUUCCCCCACAGAUGCACCAGCAGCCCCUGCGCCUCAACAGCUUUGGAGAAGAGAGUUUGGACUCUCUGUUGGGCGAUACUCUGGAUGGUCAGGCUUCCUCGGGGCUGGAUGCUCUGGGCCAGCAGCAUCAGCAGCAGCAGGCGGCUCGUGUGGGUCAGUGGGGUGAACAGUCUCCCUUCCUGCAGGCCGGUGUGGCCCCCUUCCCCCUGGUGCAGCAGUUGGCUCAUCUCGGCCAGCCGGGUCUGCGACUCCCUCAGCAGCUCCUCAGAGCCGGCUGGGGCCUGGGCCCUGCAGCAGAGGAGGAGCCCAGACCUGCCAUGCCCAGAUAUCCCGGUCUGUUGCGUGAAAUGCUCCCUCAAGACCAGUAUGAGCAGCGGGAGCCGGCCGACAUGCCCCCUCCUCAAUCUCGCCUCCUUCAGUACCGUCAAGUCCAGCCCCGAAGCCCCGGAGACCUGCCGUCUCCCUCUUCCGCCAACUCAAACCACAUCUCCGCCCCCAAUCCCUUCCCAGUUCCAGGUCCGCCCUCCUUCCCCGACACCAGCCGAGAGCUGCCCAUGGGGGCCCAGCCCUUCCAGCAGCACCAGGCCUUCAAUCAGGCCUCUUUCUCCCUGCCGCCCGAGCACACAGCGGGACCUCUUCCGGUCAAAUACCUCCUCCAGGAGGCCCACUGGCCCCACCCUGGCCUACCCCAGAGCCACGUGCUGGGCCACGGCAUGCCUUUUGGCCUGCAGGCCAUGGCGCACAGGCAAGAGCAGGGCCCCCUCACACAGCUGCAGCACCAGCAGCAGAAACAGCAGCUCCAGGCCCCGCAGAGCUCCCUGCACAGCGUAGAAGAGUAUGAACCACGGGGCCCCGGGAGGCCUCUGUACCAGAGGAGGAUCUCCCCCAGCUCCCCCCAGCCGUAUCCGGACAGCCUGGAUCCUCAGGACCACCACACGCCCUCCUACAGAUACCCCUCAGCAGACCUAUGGACCCCCGGCCCGAGCCCCGCUCCUCUCCACAACAUUCCAUGUAACGGAGCGAGCCACCUCGUCCCUCACAGGGAGGUUUUAGUUUCAAAGGCGGUGAGUGUCGUAGAUGAGCAGCAGUCGCCUCACCCCGCCAGCGCCGUGUCUCUCCAGCACCACGGACAGUUCCCACCCCUCAUGCCCAGCAAGCAGACUCCACCUGACCCGGGAGGGGGCAACACCAGCCCAGGGGGCCCCCAGGGGCCCGGCAACCCCAAGCCCCCGACCAUGUCCUACGCCAGCGCCCUCCGAGCUCCUCCAAAGCCCCGGCCGCUGCCCGAGCAGGUCAAGAAGAACAGUGACCCCAUCUCUCUGUUACAGGAACUUAGCAUAGGCAGUUCAAACAGUAGCAAUGGCUAUUACACGUAUUUUAAAUAAGUCAACAUAUAUAUACUAUAUAUACCUGUUAAAAAGGAAAACUGUAAAAAAAAAAAUAGAAUAACAAUCUAAAAAAAACAAUAAAAAUGUAUUUUGAUUUUGUGGAAUAGUUGUAGACAUUUUGCGUUUUAUUAUUUUUUUACUUGCUUUAGUACUAGUUGAUUCUUUUACAGUUUGGCAUCUGUGAUUUUACAAACCGAAUCAGCAUAUAUAUAUAUAUAUAUAUAUAUAUAUAUGUAUGUAUCAUGAAACACCAAAACAUUUGGGGAAAAAACAUUAAAAAAAAAAAAAACCCUUAAAAAAAAAAAAAAAAACAAAAAAAAAGAUUUAUGGAAAAAAGAUUUUUAAAAACGCCAUGAAUUGGUUGACCACUCAGCUGCCCGUCUUUCCUGUAAUUAUGUCCGCUCUCUUUGCAUCCGCUCCCAGAAGUAAAACUUGAAGUGAUUUCUCCCAGCUGGCUUUUUUUUUUUAUGAUAAGUUUCUUGGUGUUUUCUUGUGCUUGCUGCUGAGUGGUGAACUGACUCGGAUAAAACAAAACAAAAAAUAUUAUAAAAAGUUGUAUAGAUGUAGACAGAUUUUCUCAAACCUGUACAUAUGAAUAAAUGAAUACAUGAGAUGA